AUGACUGUGGUGUCCCAGGAGAACCACGACGACACUGUGGUCGUAACUCCUCUGUUGCAAGAUGCUGCUGACUUGGAACCAGCGGACCAGGAGUGCAGCGAGAGGGUGGUCAUCAACAUCUCAGGUCUGCGCUUUGAGACGCAGUUAAAGACCCUCUCCCGCUUCCCGACCACGCUUUUGGGAGACCCGCGUAAAAGGAUGCGUUUCUUCGACCCGCUGAGAAAUGAAUACUUCUUUGACAGGAACAGGCCGAGCUUUGACGCCGUCCUCUAUUAUUACCAGUCAGGAGGGCGGCUUCGGAGGCCAGUAAGUGUCCCUGUGGAUAUUUUCCUGGAAGAAAUAAGGUUUUAUGAACUUAAUGAAGAUGCCAUAGAGCUCUUCCGAGACGAUGAGGGCUUGGCGAGGGAAGAGGACCGCCCGCUGCCAAAUAACGAGCUUCAGCGCCAGUUCUGGCUCCUGUUUGAGUAUCCAGAAAGUUCAGGACCCGCACGGAUAAUUGCCAUCGUAUCGGUUAUGGUUAUCUUAAUAUCCAUUAUCAUAUUCUGCUUGGAGACUUUACCCGAGUUUAGAGAGGUCCCCGCGGUGAACGACAAUAACGCCAAUGGAAGUGCUCACGGCAAAGAGCCCAGUCCGUUCACAGAUCCGUUUUUCAUGGUGGAGACACUUUGCAUUGUGUGGUUCUCCCUUGAAUUCACCAUGAGGUUCCUCUCCUGCCCCAGUAAAGCAGCUUUCUUUAAAAACAUCAUGAACUUGAUCGAUGUUGUGGCCAUAGCUCCUUACUUCAUCACCCUGGGCCUUGACCUCGCGGAGCAUCAGGGCAGCAGUCAGCAGGCUGCGUCGCUGGCCAUACUGAGGGUCAUCCGACUGGUCCGUGUUUUCAGGAUUUUUAAACUGUCCAGACACUCCAAGGGUCUCCAGAUUCUCGGCCAAACGCUUCACGCGAGCCUCAGGGAGCUGGGACUGCUCAUAUUCUUCCUGAUUAUUGGAGUUGUUCUGUUCUCCAGCUCUGUUUAUUUUGCAGAGGCAGAAGAUCCUGAUUCUGGAUUUUCAAGCAUACCUGACGCGUUUUGGUGGGCUGUGGUGACAAUGACCACGGUUGGAUAUGGAGACAUGUGUCCCUCCACCAUCGGGGGGAAAUUCGUUGGAUCUUUGUGUGCCAUCGCCGGAGUGCUAACCAUAGCCCUACCUGUGCCUGUGAUAGUGUCAAAUUUCAAUUAUUUCUACCACAGAGAGAACGAGGAGGAGGAAAAUGUUCAGUACGUGCACGUGACUUGCGGACAGCAGCUGCAGCCCUCCUUUGGUGAAUGUGAUUCAAACAAGAGCAGCCAGUCGCUCUCCAAAACAGAGUCCUAUCAGGAGAGCGACGACUUGGAAACUUUGACAUAUCCAAACGUGCACCCAGUGGAGACAUACACGGGGAAACUGACAGAUGUAUAA